AUGAAGAAUGUGGCCUCGCAGCAGACAAUUCUUCCUCCUGCCAAAUAUGGGGGGCGGCACACCAUGACCAUGAUCCCUGGAGAUCCCAUUCGGCAAAAUCGUGUGGCCCUCAAAGGAAAUAUUGAGACGAACCAUAACCUCCCACCUUCCCACAAGUCUCGGAACAGCAUCCUGCGUACCAACCUGGAUCUCUUUGCUAAUGUUAUUCAUUGCAAGAGCCUUCAGGGAGUGGCAAACAGGCACCACGAUAUUGACAUCCUCAUCAUCCGAGAGUACACAGAGGGGGAGUAUAGCAGCCUGGAGCAUGAGAGUGUCUCUGGUGUCGUGAAGAGCCUGAAGAUCAUCACCAAGGUCAAGUCCCUGUGCAUUGCUGAAUAUGCCUUCAAGUUGGCACAUGAAUUGGGGCGUAAGAAGGUGACAGCUGUCCACAAAGCCAAUAUCAUGAAGCUGGGCGAUGGUCUCUUCCUGCAGUGUUGCAAAGAGGUGGCAGCAGGGUACCCAAACAUCACCUUUGAGAGCAUGAUUGUUGACAACACCACAAUGCAGCUGGUGUCCCAUCCACAGCAGUUUGAUGUCAUGGUUAUGCCGAACCUCUAUGGCAACAUCGUCAACAAUGUCUGUGCUGGAUUGGUCGGGGGCCCAGGUCUGGUGCCAGGGGCCAGUUAUGGGCACAACUAUGCGGUGUUUGAAAUGGCCACAUGCAAUACUGGCAAGAGCAUUGCCGGCAAGAACAUUGCCAACCCUACUGCUACACUGUUGGCUGGCUGCAUGAUGCUGGACCAUCUCAAACUGCACAACUAUGCAUCUGUUAUCCGCAAGGCAGUCCUAGCCUCUAUGGAUGAUCCAGUUACCCAUACCCCAGAUAUUGGUGGUCAAGGAACCACCACAGAAGCUGUUCAAUCAAUUCUGAAACAGAUCAAGAAGACAGACCAUAGCUUGGUGCAAUGACAUGAUGAAGCUGAAGCAGUGUUCUCCCCUACUGCUAA